AAAGAAGGAGUAGAAGAUGGGGUUCAUGGAAAAGGAGAGUUGCUUGGUGAGGGGUGUGAGCUGUUUGGUGGGGAAGCAAAAGUAAAGUUGCAUUGCAGAAUGCACAAUGCAGAGUCAAAAAAGAGGUCCACUUGGGAGUAAUUAUGUUCAUUUCCAAGGGUUAAGACUGUAAUCUCUCGCGUGCAGAAAAAGCAUCGCCGUUUUUUCAUAGAACACAGUGUGAAAGCUUGAAAAAUUGAAAAUCCAUCCAUAUGGUUGUGUUGCCCAUUAACCAAACCCUUUCAUUUCCCAUUAUUUUCUCAAUUGCCCCUGUCAACCUUAGUUGUCUGUUUCUCUGUCUUCGUUAGCCCCCUCUCUCCCCCUUCUUCCUCUGGCCAUGAUUGCAAGUAAAGAUCUUCGGAGUGGUGCUGUUGACUCUGAGGGUGAGAACUCCAGGAGCAAGUUUUCAAGGCAAAAUUUUGAGGCUGCACCAGAUGAUAAAGGUGUUGAAUUUCUGAGAGAUUCUGAGGUGGGUGGUGAUGUUGAUGGGGUUCUUCACUCCAACCCCACCAAGGGUAUUGGCAGCUCAACGUUGCAAGAGCUUACCCUGAGCUACCUCUGUGAUAACCCAAAAUUGGGUCUUGCUGAGAGAGAGAUUCCUGGGAAAAGCUUGCUGAAUUCUUUUGAAAAAAUGAGCCACAAAGGGAAAGAGGUUGUGGUUUCCGAGAAUUCAAAUCAAGAUGGAAAAUGGGUGGAAAGAGAUUUCCUUAGCCUGAGUGAACCAAGAGAGGAUUCUUCAAAGCGAUCCCUUGAAGAAGAAGGGGUUGAAAGAGAGAGUAAUAGGGACAAGAAGCCAAAACUUGAGACGCUUAAUCUCUCUCUUGCUUUGCCUGAUGUGUCACUUUCUCUCACAGCUUCAAACGCCUUACAGAAUGGUGAUCAACCAGUUAGGACUAAGCCUAGCAGGCCUUCAACUACUUCUUAUUCAAAUGAUUACACUGCAGCUUCUUUGUCUUACUCUUAUUCCCACCCUUUCUCCCACAACCCAAGUUGUUCACUCACUCGCAAUUCAACUGAUAAUUUUGAGUAUUCAUUGAGCAAAGAUGACCAGAUUUGGAAUUGUGGGGAAGGGACUAAUGGGUCUGUGCAUAGUAGGUUCAAGCCUAUUGGAGACGGGGUUGCUUUGUCCAAUCAUGGCGCUGGUCUUAGCUCCUUUAUGCAAGGUAAUAGUCAGUAUAAAACUACUAGUUCAGAUAAUCAUUCUUUUUUCCCUUCAGAAUUACCUGCUAGACCAAGGUUUGAGGCUCAAUCAGGAGGGGACUCCAGGGGAAGGAAUUCUGAGAAUCUGAGACUCUUGGAAGGCUUAGAUGAUGGGAAGAUAAGAAAGCUUUCAAGGCCUGAGAGAAUUGUCAGGGAAAUUGUGUCAGAGUCUGUUCCUGUCAUGGCAUUGACAAUUCAGGAGCUAGCUGAUGAAGUCAUAGUAUCAACUAAGGAAUACUUGAAGAAUCUCAUUGAGAAGGCUGAGAAGAAAGAGGAAUUGGCAAGCCUUCAAAACCGGCUUGAGAGAAGAUCUGAUCUUAACAAGGAGACUCUUGCAAAGUGCCAUAAAGUGCAAUUAGAGAUUUUAGUGGCUGUCAAGAUGGGGCUUGCUAGCUUCUUAUCUAACAAAGUUCACUUAUCUGAGUUAGUAGAGAUUUUUUUGUACAAGAGGUGUAGAAAUGUGACCUGCAAGCAUGUGCUUCCUGUUGAUGAUUGUGAUUGCAAGAUUUGCUCAGGAAAUAAGGGCUUUUGCAGUUCUUGCAUGUGCCCUGUAUGCUUGAACUUUGAUUGUGCUAAUAACACUUGUAGUUGGAUAGGAUGUGAUGUUUGUUCACAUUGGUGCCAUGCUACCUGUGGCAUUCAGAGGAAUCUCAUCAAGCCUGGGCCUAGCUUGAAGGGUCCUUCAGGAACCUCAGAGAUGCAGUUUCAUUGUAUUGGCUGUGGACACGCCUCUGAAAUGUUUGGUUUCGUUAAAGAUGUGUUUAUUUGUUGCGCGAAGGAUUGGGGCCUUGAAACCUUGAUGAAGGAGCUUGACUGUGUAAGGAGGAUUUUCAGGGAAAGUGAAGAUCGCAAAGGGAAGGAAUUGCAUUUUAAAACUAAUGACAUGCUAUUAAAGCUUCAAACCAAAAUGAUAUCUCCUUUGGAUGCCUGCAAUUACAUCAUACAAUUUUUCAGCUAUGCGGAUAGCAUGUCAGACUUUCCUGCUUCUGGUAUUUCUUCAAAGGAUAUGGCAGCCUCUCAAGCUAAGCUUACAAAGGAUACACCUUCUCAUUCGAAACCCACUUCUCUAUUACCAAAAUAUGCUUAUGACUUGAGCUAUUCUAGGUCACAUUCUGAUGCCAUGUCAAAUGAUCUCCUUCAGAAAGACCUCAAAGCUUCCAUCUUGAGUGAACUGAAAAACGAGUCUGAUUUUCAUUUGGGGGCUUUGUUAAGGAAAGGUGGACUCGAAAGCUUGGAGAGCAUUGUGCGAAUAAAGGAGGCAGAAGCCAGAAUGUUCCAAACGAAGGCGGAUGAAGCGAGAAGAGAGGCAGAGGGGUUCCAGAGGAUGAUCAGGACGAAGACUGCUCAGAUGGAAGAAGAGUAUGCUGAAAAGCUUGCCAAACUCUGUUUGCACGAGACCGAGGAAACGCAGAGGAAGAAACAGGAUGAACUGAAGGUGUUGGAAAAUUCAUAUUUUGAUUACUACAAAAUGAAAAAGAGAAUGCAAGAUGAAAUUGAUGGUUUAUUGCGGAGAAUGGAGGCAACAAAGCAGCAAUGGGUUUAAAUUUUUUACUAUUUGUUGUUUUCUCUUAUGCUUUCUUACUCAGAAUACGCUGCUAAAAUGUGUGUAAUUUAUUGUAUUGAUCUGCUGUCAUGGUAUUCUGGUUGUUCCAAGAAUGGAUGGUUUUUAAUUGGUAAAUUCAAGUUUUUGGUGUUUCAUCUUUGAUUCUUUUUCCUUGAUGAAUUGAGAGGGCGUAAAUGUCAAAGUGAACAAGUUCUGUGUGAAAGUUAUGCACUCCCUCCCUUCUACUGUUUUUAUUGUGAGUUGGAGACAAUAAAACUUGUGAAAUAUCUUUUCAUUGUUGCAU